AUGCACUCUGUCCCACCCCGAUAUGGUCGCUGGGUACUCAUUCUGGGACCAGUAAUCCUGGUCCUCUUGAUACUGCAAUUCACCAACGCCGACUUCGGCUCAAAGACCACGCAGGACGUGCUCGAACCCGCCACGGGGGUAACCAUUGAUAAUACACACAACGAAACCGAAAUAACCGACCAUGUACCAUCAUCCUGUCCCACAGAUACAGGAAUGGACUCUGUACUGGUAGUGAUGAAGACCGGCAUCACAGAAGCGCAAGACAAAGUCCCCGUGCACCUAAGAACGACCCUCCGCUGCGUUCCGCACAAGAUAAUCGUCUCAGACUUCGAAGAAGACAUAGCCGGUACACGCACGCACGACGUCUUCCUCAACGUCUCCGAAACCCUCAAACAAACAAACCAAGACUUCGCCCUGUACAACCGCGCCCGCACAGGCGGCCGCACAGCCCUAACCUCACAAGACCACACCAAAGUCGCCAACGGUCCGUCCGGCAUGAUGGACAACCCAGGCUGGAAACUGGAUAAGUGGAAGUUUCUGCCUAUGAUCCAUACAGCGCGGCGGGAAAAGCCAGAUGCCAAGUGGUUCGUCUUCCUCGAAGCAGACACAUAUCCGAUCUGGCCGAAUCUGCUCGGGUGGCUGGCGCAUUUUAAUCACGAGGAGAGGCUGUAUCUGGGGAACCAGAUGCAGAUUGGGUCGACUUUGUUUGCGCAUGGUGGGUCGGGCUUUGUGCUUUCGAAUGCGGCGAUUCAUUCCGUCGCGGAUUAUCACACGUCGCAUAUUGACGAGUGGGAUGAUAUCACGAAUCGGGAGUGGGCGGGGGAUUGUGUGCUUGGGAUGGCGCUUGCUGCAGCUGGUAUUGGGCUUACUUGGUCUUGGCCGCAUGUUACGACUCAGUCGGUUUGGGAGCAGGAUAUGUUGCAUGAGGCUUUUUCGAAGACGCCUUGGUGUUUCGCGCCGUUCACUUUCCACCAUAUGACGCCCGCGGAUGUGGAUCGGUUGUGGGAAUUCGAACAGCAGUGGUUUGCGGAUACAAACACGAAUGUCCUCAUAUACAGUGACAUCUUCCGCAACCUCAUCCGUCCAACCCUCGCAGACCACCUGGACAACUGGGACAACUUUGCAAGCGCAGGCGACGAUAAAGAAGAUUACAAGGGCCCUAAGACGCCGACUUCUCUCGCCGCCUGCGCAGACUACUGCGCCGCAGAUCCAGAGUGCGUCCAGUACCGCCUGACAGCCGACUCGCGCUGCACAACGUCCAAUGCAGUUCUGCGCGGGAAGCCCUCACCAGGCACGCAGUCGGGGACGAUGCUGUGGCGGGUUGAUGCUGCGCUAGAGCAGAUGAAGCAGUGUCACAAGGUGACAUGGGUGACCGGCUAG